GCUAGGGCGGUGGUGACCGGAAGCGGUUGCGGUUCUCAGCCUUGUUGUAAUACUUGUCAGGAAGAUCUGAAAGCACUGUGCCGGAGGGGAUGUGGAGGUGAUGGGGCGCCGGGGAGGGUUUCUUGGAGCCUCUGUGGAGCCCCUGGGCCAGACCCCAUAGUGAAGGCUGCAGGGUCUUCCUUCCCACCCCAGCAGCUCUGGUUGAGUCCAUGGACCCCAGCUGUCCUCAGGAUUCUGGGAAGACUGAGUCAUCAGCAAGAGAGCCCAAAGGCUGAGACCCCACGUGAACAUGCCAGCCAACCAGAGCUCUCCCGGGUCAUCCCUGUCACUGACUGCAGGGAGACAUGACAACUCCUGUGAGGUUUCAGUGUCAUUUGAGGAUGUGACUGUGGACUUCAGCAGGGAGGAGUGGCAGCAACUGGACUCUACUCAGAGAAGCCUGUACCAGGACGUGAUGCUGGAGAACUACAGCCACCUGCUGUCAGUGGGGUAUGCAGUUCCUAAACCAGAGGUCAUCUUCAAGUUAGAGCAAGGAGAGGGGCCAUGGACAUUGGAGGGAGAAACCCCACAUCAGAGCUCUAGAGAUGGGAGGUUUGGGAUUAAGACUUCACAUAAAAGACUUUCUGGAAAAACUUCAUUUCAUAGUGAAAUGGAGGGUGAAGAUACAAGAAGUAAUUCAUUGUAUUCCAUUUUAGAAGAACUGUGGCAAGAUGCUGAACAGAUAAAAAGAUACCAGGAAAUACAGAACAAACCUUUAAGUCGUGCUGCUUUCAUCAAUGAGAAAAUAUUGAAUACAGAGUGGAAUUUUGAACAUAAAGAUAGUGUACAAUUUGUCCAUCCAAGCCCAAAUCUUAUUCCUUCACAGAAAAGACCCCAUAAACAUGACUCAUUUGGAAAGAGUUUUAAGCAUAAUUUAGACUUACAUAUUCAUGGUGAAAACAAUGCAACAAAGAACUCUGAUAAAAUUAUUAGAUAUGGUCAAGUUUUCACACAAAGCUCUUCAUAUGCUAACCAUGAAAAUAUGCACACAGGAGUGAAAUUCUAUGAAAGUAAUCAGUGUGAAAAAGUCAGCCUCAAACAAGUAAUCAGUCAUAAUCAGAAAUUUCCUAUUGGGGAGAAAGCAGAUAUGUGUACUGAAUUUGGGGAAAUUUUCACCCAAAAGUCACACCUCUUUGCACCUCAGAGAAUUCAUACUAUGGAAAAACCUCGUGAAUUUAGCAAAUGUGUAAAUGUUUUUACACAGAGGCCACUACUCAGUAUAUAUCUGAGAGUUCAUAGAGAUGAAAAACUAUAUAUAUGUACUGAAUGUGGGAAGGCAUUCAUCCAGAAUUCAGAAUUAAUUAUGCAUAAAAAAACUCAUACUAGAGAAAAACCCUAUAAAUGCAGUGAAUGUGGAAAGUCAUUUUUCCAGGUGUCAUCUCUACUUAGGCAUCAGACAACUCAUACUGGAGAAAAACUCUAUGAAUGCAGUGAAUGUGGGAAAGGCUUCUCCCUGAACUCAGCCCUCAGUGUACAUCAGAAAAUUCAUACUGGAGAGAGACAGCACAAAUGUACUGAGUGUGGGAAAGCCUUUAUCCAAAAAUCAACACUGAGGAUGCAUCAGAGAAUUCAUACAGGAGAGAGAUCCUAUAUAUGUACUCAGUGUGGGCAGGCUUUCAUCCAGAAGGCACACUUGAUUGCACAUCAAAGAAUUCAUACUGGAGAGAAGCCUUAUGAGUGCAGUGACUGUGGGAAAUCUUUCCCUUCUAAGUCACAACUCCAGAUGCAUAAGCGAAUUCACACAGGAGAGAAACCCUAUAUAUGCGCUGAAUGUGGGAAGGCCUUCACCAACAGAUCAAAUCUCAAUACUCACCAGAAAUCUCAUACUGGAGAGAAGUCUUAUAUAUGUGCUGAAUGUGGGAAGGCCUUCACUGACAGGUCGAAUUUCAAUAAACAUCAGACAAUUCAUACUGGAGAGAAGCCCUAUGUUUGUCCCGAUUGUGGGAGGGCCUUCAUCCAGAAAUCAGAAUUAAUUACACAUCAGAGAAUUCAUACUACGGAAAAGCCUUAUAAAUGUCCUGACUGUGAGAAGUCCUUCUCUAAGAAACCACAUCUCAAAGUACAUCAGCGAAUUCACACUGGAGAGAAACCAUAUAUGUGUACAGAAUGUGGGAAAGCCUUCACUGACAGGUCAAAUUUCAAUAAACACCAGACAAUUCAUACUGGAGACAAACCCUAUAAAUGCAGUGUCUGUGGAAAGGGCUUCACUCAGAAAUCGGUUCUGAGUAUGCAUCGCAACAUUCACACAUGAAAGCAACCCUGUUUCUUGCCUUAUCACAGAAGUCAGGUCUAAGUGCAUAUUGUAAAAUUCCUCCAAGACAUAUCUGAUAUGGAUACAUUGCAUAAUAAAAAGCAUUCAUCAGGCUCUCUCAACUGAGAUGAGAAAAAUUAUUCAAGAGACCCUUUCAGAAUGCAUUGAAUGAAAGGAAAUUUCCAUAUUGGCACUGCCUCACAAAAUACAGUAGAAUUCAUACUGAGUAAAAUGCUGUCAGUUUGAUGCAUUUGGAAAAGCCUUCCUAUAAAAGUAUUGCAAGGUAAAUUGUUACCAAAUUCCUUAUAGAUGGAGCAUGCAAAAUUAUGCAAGUGACAGUCAUGUUUAUGUGUUAUAUUAAGCAAUUUACAGUGACAAAAUGAAAGGUAGGACAGCAAAAGUUUGAUGUAAAGACCUACUCUGAGUUCUGUAAGGUGUUUUUAGCAGAACACAUUGCACAGCAGGAAGAAGAAAUGAAAUUCUUUUUUAAUUUAAUUAUAAUUGUAUCUUUCAAUAUGUUUCCAGUUGAAUAUUUCUCACAUGAAUCUAAAAUCUUAUUAUAUACACUCACAUUUGCAGAUAUAAUUUUACAUGAAUACAUAAAUAUAAUCCUGUCAUCCAUACUGGUUUCCAUGACAUCGUAUUUUUGUCUUUCAUUGUGGUCCAAUGCAAAAUAGCCACAGAUCUCACCCAUCCUUUUAUGCACACCCAUUUGCAAUGUUACUUUGUUGUUUUUUUUAUUAAGAGGUAGAGCUCUCUCUACUCCUUUAUUCUGAGCUUGGCUGCCCGACUUGCUUUAGCCAAUGUGCAUUAACAAUGAGAUUCAAGAAGAUGCUGGAAAAGCCUGCCUUGAGGCUUAUCCUCUCUUGCUCCUCUUUGGAAUUCUGAGACCUUUGUGUGAAGAAGCUCAGAUUACUGGAGAAUGAGAAAACGCAUAGAGCAGAGAUGAGCCAGCUCAACAGAGGGUCCAUUAGACCAAUUGUCAGACAUGGGAGUGAGCCUUCCUCAACCUCCAGCCUCAGCCAAGCCAGCACACACCAGAAGAGCCAUACCAGUCAUCCCAGCCAACCUGGAGAAUUAUGAGAUAAAUAAAAUGAAUAUUGUUUUAAGCCA